AUGUCUGUUCAACAGUUUUAUCUUCUCGGAGAGCCAGUCUCUACCAAGAGGAGUAUUGAUAUUGAUUCGACUCUGGACUUUGAUGGGCUCAGAAAUCUGAUCGCUGCUCAUUUUGCCAUUGUUGAGCCAAAUGGCAUUGGAUUUCAAGCCGAAGAUGUCACUCUUUCAGAUGCUUCCGAUGUCGUCUCAGCAAGCGGUCCUGUGGCAAUCACCAUUGACGGACAUGGAGUGCGCUCUCCGCUUGGCCCGAAAGGUUUACCUUACGUCGGAAACUACUUUGAAGUAUAUCCCGACCAUCUCGGCAACCACCAGCGCCUGUUUGAACAGUACGGCCCGAUAAUUCAGACGAAUACUAUGGGCCGGAUCCUUUAUCAGACUAACGACCCUGAGAUCUCGGCCAUUGUGUUCAGCGAAUCUGACUUUUUCACGAAGAAGAUCAAUGAAGCUCACCCUCUCCAUGCCCUGAAAACACCCCCUGCUGGUGUCUUUCUGGGUGACACGGAUACACCAGAAUGGAAAGUGGCUCACAAAUUCCUGCCGCCUGCUCUUGGCCCUAAGGCAGUCCGUCAUUAUGCCCCGACUAUGCAGAAAACAGUUGAAGAUGCCUUCCCGAUACUUGAUGCCUUUGACGAGAAAAAUGAGGCUUGGAACGUCUACCAAUAUAUGCUGAAAUUGGGUUCGCAAGCGGUUGGAAAGCUUACUCUUGGUUUGGACUUCGAACACUUCUCUUCGCCCGAUGCUCCCCUGCAUGAAAUGGUGCACCUGAUUGCCGAAAUUCUUUCUCUCAACAAGAAGGUCACUUCCAAGGGUGACUGGUACAGCAGAUUGCCAUUUGGAGAUCCGCGGCGUCUCAAACUCGUAAAAUCGCGGAUCGAGGACCUGGUUGAGGAGUCUAUCCAGAACGCGGCAAGUGGUGGCACUAGCGAUCUCCCCCUACAAGAUGCCGCAUUAAAGGCGUCGAAUAUGGUUGAUUAUGCCAUACGCGCCACCGAUAACAAAGGAGAAAAGCUUCCUAAAUCUUCCCUAGUCUGGGCCCUUGUGGUCGCGACGGGGGCUGGUUUCACCACAACCAGCUCUCUACUCUCCUGGCUAAUCUAUGGUCUUGUCAGCUAUCCAGGCAUGCAAGAGAAGCUGCUUCAGGAGUUGAUUGACAAUGAUAUCGAUGAGAAUACCGAGAUCACAGCGGAUGUCACGGACGGCUUGGAUUUCCUCGACAAGUACAUCAAAGAGACACAACGUCGACACAAUCCAUCUUUCCAACCCGGCCGCACCGCCAAAGUUGAUCUCGUGUUGCCCGGGGGCUACAAGAUUCCUAAGGAUGCUGUUGUGAUACCUGCUUUGCACCACAUUCACAACAAUCCCAACCUGUGGGACAAUCCCAACCGUUUCAACCCAGACAGAUGGGAUACGGAGGAGGUGAAGAAUCGCCACAAAACAGCAUAUGUGCCAUUUGCUGCAGGUCCGCGAAUGUGUAUUGGAUUCAACUUCGCGCUGCAAGAGAUCAAGGUUUUCCUUCCGAAAUUGAUCUAUCGAUACAAAUUCAGCCGUGAGGGCGAUGGGCCUAUUGAGUACGAUCCAAUGUUUCAAUUGAUCAGGCCGAACAAUCUCUAUGUUCGGGCAGAGCGAAGAGUUAAAUGGCCUCCAAGGACGGCGCAGACCACGGAAAAGAAAACAUCCGUCUGA